GGCUUCUGACCUCCACCCUGGCACCCCAAAUUUAGAGGUGUCGCCUCCCGCGCGCAAAGCGGCUGAGCGUCCGUGAACAUGCUGGGGAUGUACGUGCCAGACAGGUUCUCCCUGAAGUCCUCCCGGGUGCAGGACGGAAUGGGGCUCUACACAGCCAGAAGAGUGCGAAAGGGUGAAAAGUUUGGACCUUUUGCUGGAGAGAAGAGGAUGCCUGAAGACUUGGAUGAAAAUAUGGACUACAGGCUGAUGUGGGAGGUUCGUGGGAGUAAGGGAGAAGUUCUGUACAUCUUGGAUGCUACCAACCCACGACACUCCAACUGGCUUCGCUUUGUUCAUGAGGCACCAUCUCAGGAGCAGAAGAACUUGGCUGCAAUUCAAGUAUUACUUGCACAGUCCAACCCUCGUACUGUGCUGAAGGGGACUCAUGAGGGUGUAACUACCAGAGGUGAGCCAUCAUUGGGAGCCAUCUUCAAGGAAGGAGAAAACAUUUUCUACUUGGCAGUUGAAGAUAUAGAAACAGAUACAGAACUUCUGAUUGGUUACCUGGACAGUGACAUGGAGGCUGAUGAGGAGGAACAGCAGAUUAUGACAGUGAUCAAAGAAGGGAAAAUUGAAAAUUCUAAAGGACAAUCAGCAGCUGGCAGAAAAGAUGCCCAUGGCUGUGAAAAGGACUAUGCCUGUCCACAGUGUGAAUCGAGCUUUGCCAGUGAGGAGAUUCUUGCUGAGCAUCUCCAAACUUUGCACCAAAAGCCUACAGAGGAGAAAGAAUUUAAGUGCAAGAACUGUGGGAAGAAAUUCCCAGUUAAGCAGGCUUUGCAAAGACAUUUUGAGCAGCACCAGGUGACCUGCCGGGGAGAUGACAGGUUCGUGUGCAAGGCUGACAGCUGUGGGAAGAGGCUGAAGAGUAGGGAUGCCCUGAAGAGACACCAGGAAAAUGUCCACUCGGGAGACACUAAGAAAAAGCUCAUAUGUUCAGUGUGCAAUAAAAAGUGCUCCUCAGCAUCAAGCCUACAGGAACAUAGAAAGAUUCAUGAGAUAUUUGACUGUCAAGAAUGUAUGAAGAAAUUUAUUUCAGCUAAUCAGCUGAAACGUCAUAUGAUCACCCACUCAGAAAAACGACCCUAUAAUUGUGAGAUUUGUAAUAAAUCUUUCAAGAGGCUUGAUCAAGUGGGGGCCCACAAAGUAAUCCACAGUGAAGAUAAGCCUUACAAAUGCAAACUUUGUGGCAAAGGAUUUGCUCACAGAAAUGUUUACAAGAAUCACAAGAAGACUCACUCUGAAGAGAGACCGUUCCAGUGUGAUGAAUGUAAAGCUUUGUUCCGGACCCCAUUUUCUUUGCAGAGACACCUGCUAAUACAUAACAGUGAGAGGACUUUCAAGUGUCAUCAUUGUGAUGCUACCUUUAAAAGGAAAGACACAUUAAAUGUUCACAUCCAGGUAGUCCAUGAAAGACACAAGAAGUACAGGUGUGAACUAUGUAAUAAGGCAUUUGUUACGCCAUCUGUGCUCAGAAGUCAUAAGAAAACACAUACAGGAGAAAAGGAGAAAGUCUGCCCAUAUUGUGGCCAGAAAUUUGCCAGCAGUGGGACACUGCGAGUUCACAUCCGGAGCCACACAGGUGAGCGUCCCUAUCAAUGUCCUUACUGUGAAAAAGGAUUCAGUAAAAAUGAUGGACUCAAGAUGCAUAUUCGUACACAUACCAGGGAGAAGCCCUACAAAUGCUCAGAGUGCAGCAAAGCCUUCAGCCAGAAGCGGGGCCUGGAUGAGCAUAAGAGGACUCACACUGGAGAAAAGCCUUUCCAGUGUGAUGUUUGUGACUUGGCUUUUAGCCUGAAGAAAAUGCUGAUCCGACACAAGAUGACUCAUAAUCCCAAUCGUCCACUGGCAGAGUGCCAGUUUUGCCAUAAGAAGUUUACAAGGAAUGACUACCUCAAAGUGCAUAUGGACAAUAUCCAUGGUGUAGCUGACAGCUAAUGGUAGCUGUAAAGGACUUAAACCAUACACAAGGGCUCCUAAGAUGAAUCCCAGCUUUUUCUCACCUGAUCAACAUAACAGAAAUAGCCAAAAGUAACUUACUGAUCUCUAGUUCAUAUUUGCUUACUAUUGGUGUCUAUAAAUGCACAUGGAGAGAGAGAGAGAGAGAGAGAGAGAGAAUCUUACUUUUACCAAGAAAUAGUACAAAUGGAAAAAAAGUCUAUAGUCUUGCAAAAUACUACUUGUGUUCUGUCUUAUAAAACCGGAUAAAGGAGUCAGGGCUCUCUUGUCUGUCUCACUGUAAUGAAGUUUAUUGACAUACGUCCCCAUUAGGCCUUCUUAUUUUAUUGUUACUUUUUGUAUGUGUAUGUAUCUGUGUGUGUGUAUGUGUAUGCACACUUUCAAAUACUGAUUAUUGAAGCUGGUUAUUACUAACUUAAAUGGAAGUUAAGAUAUCCAAUUAUUUCUUUACAAGUAAGAGUAAAAGUAAACAUUUUCACAGUCUCAAGCAUGUAGCAUGAUAAGUACUUGUUAUUUUAUGAAACAGAGCAAGAGUUUCUCUUAUUCAAUAGUUCCAUACAACAAAUGAGUUUCAAAUAGAGAUAUUUAAGAAUUAAAGCAUCUAUUAAAAUAUUCUUCAUUUUAGAGAAUUCUCAGAAAUCAUUAAUUUACUCAUUCCCAUGCAGAUAUUCAUGGUCUAAAAUACUUUUGUAAGAUCUGUACAAAAAUAACUGUACAUUUAAAUAUUCAUCAAGGUGUCACUCUUGAGUUUAUACUGGUUCUCUUCAGAAAUUAACAAUAUACAAAUACACAGGGCUAGAAACAGAAGCAGAGUAGGUUCUCCAUAUUUGCUGACUGAGAGUGACAGGACGAUAGAGUAGCAUUACCACAUUAGUUAUGACGAACAUACCCUUUACUCUCACAUUCCAUAAAAGCAUACAGUAGAUGUUGUAUGAGUGUAAUCGUGUCCUCAGAGUGUUAAUAUUCCAUUUUGUAAAAAAUGUUUUACAGAACCCUGGCAGUUAGUGAUUCUGAAACACUUUUGAAUUAUCCUCAAUCAUCAAUCAUCCCACUUAAUUAGGAAUCCAGUAUAAAAAAUAAACAUUUGGCAAUGGUUAUGAUUGAAAUUAUCAUUUAUGCUUAAGGAAAAUGGAAGCAAGAGGGUAAUUUCUUCCUUUAGCUUUCAGUUAAAAUACUUGACAGCAGCAUACAACAAACGGCUUCUCUGGGGAGACAACACGAUGCGAUCUUAUAGUUCUGUCAAAAUAAUCUAGAGCGAUAAUUGUGAACCUUUUAGAUACAAACAGCCCACUGCCAGCAUGCAUGACAUAGGUUCACCUCUUCUGACCUAGAGGAAUCCAAAAGCCAGAAAAAGUUAAAAUGAAACACAAGUCAUGAACCAUUCUAAUUGGAACUUGUUGAAAAGAGAGGAAGUGCAGUUUUAAGGAUAUUUGGUUAUGACAGGUUAAGGAGAAAAGUUAUCUAAAGACACAGUUCUUUGACCUUAUGAAUCUCAUUUUAGAUUAUAGUGAUGUCCAGCUUCAGUUUCAAAAAGAAAAUAUUCAAUAUAGAUAUAUUUAAAUCCUAUAAAAAUUCUAAAUUUGAAAUUCACCAGAGAUAACUUUUAAAAAUAUAAAUCCUGAAAUUAUAGUUUAGAAGAUAUAUAAGUAUGGUUAUAUGUAGUAUUUUGUAUCUGAAAUUAGAGACUGUAUUUUAUAAAAAUAAAUUUUUUUCCUAUUUUGCACUGUUA